AAUAAAAUCGAUAGCAUCCGAUGGAGUAUUGCGGGUGGCCUCUGCUAGUGUGUUAGGAUUGUGAACAGGAAGGGUGAAUGCAUCAGCGAAACGAUUGGCGAGAGUGUUGCAAAUAUCGGAUGUAUCGAUACUAGUUUGGCCAUUGUAGCUCAUUGACGGAGGGAUACUUCUUAUAUUGCGCCGUUUGUUCCAGAAGCUCCAGAACCGUGUCGGCUUGGAAAAUAGCUGCCUUUCAGUACGGCGAAUGAAGGAGCGGUAGAGCACACGAUUAUGUCGACGAUAAUUGUUCAGUGCAUCGAAAAAAAUUCUCCUAUGCAGCGAUGAUCUCGUUCUACUGUAAUCCGCGUAGGCUUUUGAUUUUAUUUUUUUCAACCGUCUUAAAGAUGCAUUAGACCAAUCGGGGCCAGGCUUUCGUUGAGCAACAGGAACGCAGGAAUUAAUCGCUGAGCGCAUAAAAACGCUAAAGCAAUCGGUGGCUUCGUCGAUAGUGGAAAAGUUGGAGCAGUCAAAAUUACGGUCAAACGACACAAUAAGGGCAUUCAUACGUUCCACAUUCGUUUUGAAGAAAUUUCUAUUGACUGUACUGCGAGUGUGACUGUUGGUGGUGUGGGAUAGUUGUACGGGAUAAUAAAUCAUCAUAUCCAAUGAAGGAUGAUGAAAGUCCUCACUGAGAAGUGGAAUACUACAGUGUGUUACGUAUGGGAGGAAGUUCUCUAGAGCCGAAGUACCAUUCACAGAGUGCAGAGGUGUGAUUGAGUCGCACAAAAUAUUGGUUGCGGCAAGGUUUGCGAAGACCAGAUCCAAUUGACGCCCAGAUUGAUUUGCAAUACCACUCAACUGAAAUAAUCCGGUACUAUGCAACCCAUCAACGAAAUCGGUAUUAGCCACGGAAUUGCAUAAAGGCGCAUAAUGCAUGACAGAAUAACAUGGAGAGCAAUCGGUGGCUUCAGAUGUAUUAGUCAGCUCCCAUCUGAUAUCAGGUUUAUUGAAAUCUCCGAAGACGUAUAAUAAAUCGCUCUCUUUGAUGCGGCUUGAAAUUUCACGUACACUAUCAUGUAAAGCGUUCAUCACUGCGGGGUCAUUCGCAUGACUAGGCGGAAUGUAAACAACGCCGAUGUAAACAGAGACACCUGGCAGCAAUGUUUUGAUCCAAAGUUGUUCCAGUAUGGUAUUAGGCGAUGCGAUUUCACAUGUCGGUAUUGAAGAGGAACUUGCAAUUAAAACACCCCCACCGCGUGAGAGGGCACUGUUGGAAAGAUUCCUAUCGCACCUGUAGAUAUGAUAAUGAUCGUCAGUGAGGAGCGAGGAAGGUAUUGACUGAGUAAGCCAAGUCUCGGUAAGAAUGAUAAAAUCAUAUUCUGAUUCUGAUAGCGCCAGGCGAAGAUUUGUAGUUUUCGUUCGUAGACCACGUACAUUUUGGUAGUAGAUAGAGAGACUGGGAUGAGCUGAACGAGGUGCAUCGCCGGAUGCGGUGCAAGAUUGCUAUUCAUCCGACGGGCCAGCGUCAGCAGAUUCAUCAGUCCGUUUAGCGUUUCGCUUCGGUCGUUUUUUAGGAGCGGCUAAGCAUUCGGGAGGUGACCUAGUAGGUGUGGUAGUAACAAGCAUUCGCUCAUUAAGGUCAAGAUGUGGUUCGUUUGUAAACAAAGCUGCGUCUGUAGUGGUCAUGGCAGGUGAGGAAAUCGUAACGGGCUGUGCGAGCGUAUCUGUUGUAGUAGUUGGCAUCGCGGCACUCCCUCCAGAAUGUGAGAGAGGAUUAUGAUAAGUGUCGGUAGCGGGAGUAACGUUUUGAUCGAGCAUCGAAUUUGUUUCAGUUGUUGCACAGGUAUUAGUGUUAUAAUUAUUGGUCCGAUAGUCACGGAACUCUCGGUAGGUAAGAGCAGAGGGCCAUGUGUUAGGUGAGAGUUGUAUACGUCUGGAAUUCAUGUCCCUAUUGCUGACCCUCUCACUAAUCGAUCAUUGGUAGAACAUCACCGAUCUACCGCAAAAGCUACGAUACGCCAUUCGUCUUCCGGGCGAGUUACGAUUCACCGGCUGGACGUUCGGUAACUGGCGCACCAACUUCAUGGUCGUCCCGUUCGUCCAGGGACUGCGCAAUGCCAACCAAUCGGACGGUGGCAGUCCCAAUUAUUGGCGGGAAGGUUUUCUCACCCUCCAGGCCGCCAUUUCACGCACCUUCAUUCGACGGCAGCGGGCCGAUUACGAUCUCCCUGAUGUGUCACUGCGGCGCUUUCCCUAUCCACCGUACUACGAGGAUUUGGUGCUUGUAGCAAUGGAACGAUUGCUGCCAAUGAUUAUACUGAUAUCGUUCUUCUACACCUGCAUCAAUACGGUAAAGUUUAUCACGAUCGAGAAGGAGAAGCAGCUGAAGGAGGCGAUGAAAAUUAUGGGCCUGCCGAACUGGCUGCACUGGACGGCGUGGUUCGUGCGGUGUCUGGUGCUCCUACUGAUUACCAUCUCGUUGCUAAUAUUUCUAAUUAGUGCUAACCUAACACCAAACACUGACUUAUCCGUGAUUGAGUACGCCGACUGGUCGGUGCUGUGGUUUUUCUUCCUGUUCUACAUUUUGGUGACGAUCUGCUUCUGCUUCAUGAUGAGCGUGUUCUUCAACAAAGCCAACACUGCCGCUGGAAUCGCCGGACUAAUGUGGUUUCUGUUUGCUAUCCCAUUCAACAUUGCCGUCCAGAACUACGACGAAAUGGCGAUGGGCACCAAGGUGGCGUCCAGCUUGCUCUCCAACACUGCCAUGUCGUUCGGCAUCAUGAACAUUAUUCGCCUCGAGGCCGACCAGGUUGGGUUGCAGUGGCACAAUCUAUUCUCCGCUCCCUCUAUGGGCGACGAGUUCAGCGUCGGUCUGGUGAUGGUGAUGUUCGUGGUGGACGCACUUCUUUACCUCGCCAUUGCGCUCUACUUCGAGCAGGUAAUGCCGGGCGAGUUCGGUGUAGCAAAGCCGUGGAAUUUUCUGUUCACGCGUGAUUUCUGGAAACGGAACCGCAUCGAGGAUGGGUCGGGCGAUUGGGCGAAGGCGGAAAGUUCGCCCUACUUCGAGCAGGAACCGAACAUCGACCGGGCCGGCGUGCGUAUCGUCAAUUUGCGCAAAGUGUACGGCAAGAAGGUGGCAGUGGAGGGGCUAAAUCUGAACAUGUUCGAUGGACAAAUCACGGUCCUGCUCGGGCAUAAUGGGGCCGGCAAAACGACGACCAUGUCGAUGCUGACGGGCAUGUUUUCACCCACCUCCGGUACGGCGCUGGUGAACGGGUACGACAUCCGGAAGGAUAUCGAGGGAGUUCGGUUUUCGCUAGGCCUCUGUCCCCAGCACAACGUGCUGUUCAACGAGCUAACUGUGGCGGAACAUUUGAAGUUUUUCUCGCAGCUAAAGGGCGUUCCAGGGGACAAGACGGCCGCUGAGAUUGAAAAGUAUGUGAACCUGCUCGAGCUGACGGACAAGCGGAACGCCCAGUCGCACACACUCUCGGGCGGUAUGAAGCGUAAGCUGGGCGUUGGGAUUGCGCUGUGCGGAGGCUCUCGUGUGGUUCUGCUGGACGAACCGACGUCCGGGAUGGAUCCGUCGGCACGGCGCGCGCUGUGGGAUUUGAUACAGAAGGAAAAGGUAGGCCGUACUGUUAUCCUUUCCACACACUUCAUGGACGAGGCGGAUGUACUGGGCGAUCGGAUAGCGAUUAUGGCGGAAGGGAAGCUGCGAGCGAUUGGGUCUCCGUUUUUCCUGAAGAAAAGUUUAGGCGCCGGGUAUCGGUUGAUCUGCGUGAAGGAACCGACGUGUGAUAAGAAGCGUGUGCUUGAGAUAUUGAAGAAGUACAUCCCGGAGGUGCGGAUUGACACGGACAUUGGGACGGAGUUGUCGUUUGUGCUGCGUGAGGACUACCUGAAGGUGUUUCAGCCUAUGCUCGAGGAGCUGGAGGAUAAGAUGCGAAGCUGCGGAAUAUCCAGUUACGGCAUAUCGCUUACAACGAUGGAGGAAGUGUUUUUGCGUGCGGGCAGUGACUCGUUCCAGACCGAACACUCAACGAAUCACACUGCCAGUGGAUACAUCGACAUGAAUGAAAACAGCGAUAUAUACUCUCUCGAAGGCCUUACACUUCUGGACGGUUCGAGGCGCUUGUUCCAACAAAUAAAUGCACAGUUUUACAAAAAGUUCCUCACGACCAUUCGCAGCUGGAUCACGCUCUCGAUGCAGAUGCUCAUUCCCAUCCUGUUUGUGCUGCUGUCCUAUCUGAUCUUCCUGAACUCCUCCACCGGUCGGGAUCUACCCGAGCUUAAGAUCAAUCUAGACGGAUAUAGUGGUUCGCUAACGGUGCUGCAAACGACCGAUGGGUUUGAAUCUGUAACGGCGGCUUUUCGUGAUCGAUUCCGCACAGAACCGGAUGUACAUCAAUUGAUUGUGAUUGAUGAGGAUAUGACGACGUUCAUACUGAACAAGUCAUCCCAGGAUAUUGCGACAUUCAACACCCGCUACUGGGCAGGUGCAUCACUCGACCGGUCCGUAUGUACUGCCUGGUUCAACAACAAAGCUUAUCAUAGUGCACCACUAGCCGUGAACAUGAUCUACAACGCUCUGCUGCAGUCCAUCUGCCCAAACUGUGAACUGCAAGUGAGCAACAAACCACUGCCCUACCGGCUAGACACGCAACUCCAACGCCUGGAGACGGGUGCGAAUGCUGGAUUCCAGCUCGCGUUCAAUACCGGCUUUGCGAUGGCGUUCGUGUCCGCCCUGUUCAUUCUGUUCUAUAUCAAGGAGCGUACGACGCGCGCGAAGCUGCUGCAGUUUGUGAGCGGCGUCAAUGUGACCCUCUUCUGGACGAUCUCCUACCUGUGGGACUAUGUGAUAUUCGUGCUGUCGGCGCUGUGCUAUCUUGCGACGCUUGCCAUCAUUCAGCAGGACGGUUGGAGUACGUUCGAUCAGCUCGGGCGAGUAUUGCUGGUGCUGCUGCUUUACGCCUUCUCCAGUCUGCCGGUAACGUACUUGUUCGCGUACCUGUUCCACGUGCCCGCUACCGGGUUUGUGAAGAUGAUGCUCCUGAAUGUGCUCUCCGGUACGAUCUUCUUCACUGCUGUCUCGCUGCUCCGGUUCGAAGGCAUCGAUCUGGACGACGUGGCCGAUGUGCUCGAGUGGAUCUUUCUGUUCUUCCCGAGCUUCUCGCUGACGCAGAGCAUGAACGCGCUGAACAUGGUGGGCGGUCGGGAGGCACUGUGCCAGCGGGCUUGCGAGCAGAUCACAUUCUGCACUGAGGCGUUGAAGUGUGCGCUGGUGCCCCAGUGCUGCGGUACGAGCGCAUUUACCUUCGAUCAACAGACGGGCAUCAAUCGCAAUCUGCUGUUCUUUGCCGGUAUCGGGGUAGUAUCGUUCGCGAUCAUCCUGCUGGUGGACUAUCGCGUUGCGAAGAAGCUGUUCUCCAGGAGUGCGAACGGUGUUACGAUGUCGUCCGAUCAGGGAGAAACGGACUCCGAUGUGCUAGAGGAGAAACGCCGCAUUGCUGCGUGCAGCUCGGGUGAGCUGGCAUCGUACAAUCUGUUGCUGAAGGAGCUGUCAAAGAACUAUGGCAAGUUUGUAGCGGUUAACAAACUCUCGGUCGGCGUACGUCACUCGGAGUGCUUCGGGCUGCUCGGGAUUAAUGGUGCCGGGAAGACGUCCACCUUCAAGAUGAUGACCGGUGACGAGAACAUAACGGGCGGUGAUGCGUGGGUAAACGGUAUCAAUCUGCGCACGGACAUGAAUCGGGUGCACAAACACAUCGGCUACUGUCCACAGUUUGACGCGCUGCUGGAGGACCUAACGGGCCGGGAGACGCUGCACAUCUUUGCGCUGAUGCGUGGCGUACGCAGGAGGGAAAUUAAUGGUGUGUCACUUACGCUGGCGGAAGAGCUGAACUUUACGAAGCAUUUGGACAAGCGCACGAAAGCGUACAGUGGAGGCAAUAAGCGGAAGCUCAGUACGGCACUCGCCCUGCUUGGCAACCCGUCGGUGGUGUAUCUGGACGAACCGACCACGGGCAUGGAUCCUGGGGCGAAGCGUCAGUUUUGGAACGUGAUUUGCAAGAUUCGUAAUUCUGGCAAAUCGAUCGUGCUGACGUCACACAGCAUGGAAGAGUGUGAGGCCCUGUGUACGCGGCUGGCCAUCAUGGUGAACGGGGAAUUCAAGUGUCUCGGCUCGACGCAACAUCUGAAGAACAAAUUCUCCGAGGGUUUCCUGCUCACGGUCAAGACCAAGCGCACGGAACCGGACGCAGCCGAGCGGGUAAAAUCGUUUGUGACAAGCAAAUUUGUGGGUGCUGUUUUGAAGGAAGAGUAUCAAGACUCGCUCACGUUCCACAUCGCACGGACCAAUCAGCGGUGGUCGGCCAUGUUUGGUUUGAUGGAAUCGUCAAAGCAUGGGCUAGGCAUCGAGGACUACGCGCUCGGGCAAACGACGCUCGAGCAGGUGUUCCUGUUUUUCACCAAAUAUCAAAUAGCUGUAGAAUAAAGGGUUAUUCAUGGUUGGGGAAGAAACGUUAACCACGGCUUGCAAAAUCGGGUGGCAGUUCGACAGUGAGCUGACAUGCCAUUAGCGAGCAGCCAAAUUGUGAUCAACUAACCAAGCAUCAAUUGUUACCAUUGCCGGGUACGAGGUUUUGAAGGUAUUGUUCCUAGCGGUAAAGUAUUCUUUUUUGUGACCUGAUUGUCGUUAUGAAAAUAAACCAAUGUGUCUUUGUCGUUGUAAGCGGGAGUGUUGCUGCGGACAAGGAGGUCGUUAUGGA